AUGAUUUCUUUAGGUUUGACUCUGUGGGAUCAAAAAACUCUACAAGAGAAAACAGUUGAAAUCUCUCAGCACAGCAGUUCAUUUCAAAUUUCUGCAUCUGACUCCAUUGAAUCCAAGUCCUCUCUGCUGGAUAUUGAUGCUUCUCUGAAGGCCAGUUUCCUGGGUGGACUGAUUAAAGUUGGAGGAUCUGCCAAAUAUCUGAAUGAUACGAAGAAAUACAAGAAUCAGAGCAGGGUGACACUUCAGUACAACACUACCACCACCUUCAAGGAGUUGUCAUUGAUUGACCUUAAAACCAUGGACACCCAACAGAAAGAUCUUAUAAAGGAGGGCUCCGCAACACAUGUAGUCACAGGCAUCCUUUAUGGGGCAGAUGCUUUCUUUGUGUUUGACAGUGAGAAGUUAGAAGCCAGCAGCGUUCAGAACAUCCAGGGCGGCAUGGAAGCUGUGAUAAAUAACAUCCCUGCAUUUGAUGUUGAGGGGAAAGUUGACAUCAAGCUGACUGAUGAAGAAAAAGCCCUGACCAACAAAUUCUCCUGCAAAUUCUACGGAGACUUAAUUCUUAAAAGCAACCCUGCAACAUUUGAAGAGGCAGUGCAUGCCUAUGCAGAACUUCCAAAGCUGCUGCAACAGGAAGGGAAUGGUGUUGCACUGAAGGUCUGGCUGAUGCCGUUGAAGAGUUUGUAUCUCGAAGCUGCUGAGUUUAAGAGCGUCAGUGUUGGAGUAGUGAGGAAGGCGGAGAACGCUCUAGAGGAUUUAAGGCAGAUAGUAAUGAGAUGCAACGAUUCUCUGGCCGACAGUGUAGGAAAGGAUUUUCCACAGAUUUGCAAGCAUCUAACCACUUUCAAAGAAUUGUGUAAUCAGUAUGCAGCUAGCCUCCAGCAGACCAUGGCGGAUCAACUUCCCCUCAUCCGUGAAGGUGAAACAAAUGAGAGCAAAUUAGAAGAACUCUUUGAAGAAAGAGACAUGUCACCAUUCAGUCGUGAGAAACUAAGCAACUGGCUUGAUCAUAAAGAGAGAGAAAUCAACGUCCUGUGUAGAAAGGAUGCGAGCGGGAACAUAAGAUCAUCCCGGAAUCAGUCAGGGAGCCUGGACAAGAGGAGGGUUCUUGCUUCAGGUGUAGAGGAUGCUCUGUGCUUCGUUUUCACCUCCCUGGAGACUGCUGACCCCGUCCUGGAUGAGAUGGACAAACACUUGGAUAAUCCUCUGUUAGAAAGUACCAAUGAAGUCCCGUGGUACUACUCAGAUGAAGUUUUAACCAACAUGAGAAAAAAAGCCAAAGCUUUCCAUGAUAUUUCCAAAGUCUUGACAAAAAACAGCAGAUUCUGCUUCCUGGUUGCAGCCAUUGCAAAUGAGAAAUACAAAGGAGCCUUCAUCUACCAAUUAGCAAGGAGGGCAUACUGGUCACCUGAGGAUUUUCCCAUCACAAGCCUGACAUCAUAA